AUGGCUGGCGAUGGUAAAGAUGGAGAUAAAUCCGGUUCGUCAGAGAUGUUAGGUGAUGAUCCCUUCUCCAUUCACCACUCUGAUAAUCCAACGGCAGUGUUGGUUUCACCUCCUCUAAAUGGUGACAAUUAUGGAUCUUGGCUUCACGCAAUCACCAUGGCUUUGCGAGCCAAAAAUAAAAUAGGGUGUAAUGAUCAGGUUGGAUCAUGGAUUCUGAACUCGGUCUCUGAUGAAAUUCGAAGUAGCAUCUUAUAUGCUGACAGUGCCAGAACUAUAUGGAUUGAUUUGUCAGAACGUUUUUCGCAGUCUAAUGCCCCCAAAAUUUACCAAUUCCAGCAAUCCAUAUCUUCGCUCAAACAAGAAAACUUGUCGGUUUCAGCUUAUUUCACGAAACUCAAGUCUCUUUGGGAUGGACUGAAUUCCCUCCAGGCCUUUCAACCAUGUACUUAUGGGAGUGGAAAGGGUUUUUCUGAUCGUCUACAACAAGAUAGGGCGAUAGAAUUUUUACAAGGCCUCCAUGAUCGAUUUACAACAAUUCUAAGCCAAAUUUUGUUAAUGGAACCCUUUCCGAGUGCAACAAAGAUGUAUUCUCUUGUUCGACAAGAAGAAAAACAACAAGAAAUACAUUCUCUAUUGACUCCUAUGCCAGAUGCUGUUGCUCUCAAUAUUGCAGCAAAAUCGAACAACUAUACUCCUAAUCGGAUUGUUACUGGUGGAAACCACCCACACCUUGGAGGUGGAAAUUGUCCAAGUUCUUCUGCCUUCAAGCCUAAAUAUCCUUGUGAUCAUUGUGGGCGCGAUGUUCAUUCCAAGGAACGCUGUUUUAAGAUUAUUGGGUACCCUACCAAGUGUUCUGAAUCUCCAAAUCUUUCAACUAAAUCUAAGCACAAGGUGACUCCUCCUGUUAUAACACCAGAGCAAUAUAACAAGUUACUAGCAAUGCUUUCAACGGCUAACAUCAACUUUAGUUCUCAUCUAGCAGGUAUAGCUCUCUCCAUUCCACCAAUUUCUGUUUAG